UUCGAAACUUUUUUGUUCAUCUUCAUACUUUAAUCUUUCCAAUAAAUUAAUUCCAUUUUCAUUAGGCCGAAAUAAUAUUUAACAGAUAUAAUAUAUUGUUUUACAUAUCAUUCGAUUCAGAAAUGAAGUUUUUAUGUAUAGUACAAAUAUUAUGGGUGUUUACUAAUGCCGAAGAUGAGGAUUAUCCGUGUUAUGAUGAUACAGCUCAAUAUUGGUUUUUCCCCUUAAAAACCACAUACAAAUCAGUUUCUUCGAGGAAUAUUGAAUUACCAGAUAAGUGUACACCAGUUAAACUUUUUAUGGUUAUCAGAAAUGGCACAACAAAUUUAUCAAAAUCAUACAUAGAAGAAUAUUUAUUGAAGAUUGAUCCUUAUAGAAGUAAAAUUACUGAAAAUGCUAAAAUGUGCCAAACGGAUAUUGAAGCCAUUAGAAAUUGGAAAUCAGUUUUCGUACAAACCGAGAACUUCAUGGGUUUGACUAAAAACGGACGUGCGGAAAUACGAGAACUGGCAUUAAGAAUUAAAAAUAAAUUUGCAGAAAUAUUUAGUAAACCGCAAAACGCUGAUAACUAUAAUGUAUUGGUAAUGCAAAAGAAACGUUGCAAAGAAACUGGAGACAUUUUUAUUCAAACAUUAUUUGGAAGUACAGAUAUUAAUAAUUUUAAAACUGACGGCCAAGAUCAAAUCGUAGAAAAGUUUGAGGACAUUUUAUUUUCAAUAGAAAAAUUCAGUGAUGAUUAUUCUGUGCAAAUGAAUAAAUUUGGUAAAAGUGAUUAUGUUAAAAAUGUUGUACAAAGGGUAGCAGACAAGAUGGGUAUUGAAAAUGAAGAAAUUAAAAGAAUUAUAAAAAUAAUGUAUUCUUUAUGUGGCUACGAGAGGGCUUAUGCAGAAGAAGAAAUUCCAGCUUGGUGCAGAGUAUUCUGCCAAGAAGAUCUUAAAGUAUUAGAGUACUAUGAAGAUUUGUAUUGGUAUUAUGCUGUUGGUUAUGGAAAUAACGCAAAUGGCCAAUGGGCUUGUCCAUUGGCUGUACGUCUUCUAGAUAGCUUCAAGACAACAUUUUUUUCGAAAGAUACAGGUCCAUAUGUUACAAUUAAUUUCACAAGUCAUGAGUUCGUGUUAAGCAUGUAUUUCCUAUUAGGUAUAGGCAAAAGCGAAAAGAAAAGCGAAAAAGACAGUGACAGGAAUAUUAAAAUGAAUUCAUCGAACUACGAUAUCAUGAAGGACCGUAAUUGGAGAUCAGCUUUGUUCAGUCCAUGGGCAGCAAACGUCACGGCAGUGUACUUCAAAUGUACCACCAAUUGUUAUACACCGACCAUGAAUAAAAUAGCGUUUUAUUUCAACGAACAAAUUGUGGCUGUGCCGAUGAAGGGCGGUUCUACGUGUGAGGUAUGUUUAUGGCCUGUUAUCGAAGAGAAGAUUAAAAUAUUUAUAGAAAAAUUCAAAUGCCAUGAAUUCUUAAAACCCGCAAAAGAAGAGGAAUAUGAAAUCGACGAAUAAUUUUUAAUGUGUAUUACAUUACUCAAAUGAUUCCGCACUUUUCCACACUUUUCACCAUCAAUGGGAAGUUAUCUCAAAUAUUGGCUCCAAUGCAAAUCGGAGCUUCAAAUAAUAAAAUUACCUAACAUAAUAUCAAACAUCAAUGUUACCCAAAAUGUCAUUAUAACCUGUAAUCCUUCCUUAUCAAUCGUUUAAAUGGUAAAAUAGACUGUCCCGGUCUGUUAUCCCUUAUAAAUUACAAAGAUACCCCACGUCCUAUUCGCUCUACAGUCCCUUUUUACACCCCAUAGUAACUAAAAAAUGAUCUUCAUAAUUCUCACAUUAUUCGUUUAAUGACCUUAGUUAGCACCGAGGAAUGUUUCCCUUUCAGUUGAGUGUCUUUUUACUGUCAAUAUUUUUACUUUCGUUGUAUGCUUACUUUGUAAAUGAUGUUAGUUUAUAUUUAUUUUUAUAUGGCAUUAUAGAUAAUAAUAAACAU